AUGGAUGGAUUAAACCACACCACGGUGACCCAUUUCAUAUUCUUGGGGUUGACUGGUAACCGGGCCCUGGAGCUGGCUUUGUUUGCCUUCUUCUCCGCCCUGUACCUGCUUAUCCUAGCAGGCAACCUCCUCAUCAUGGUGACCGUGGCUUGUGACCACUGCCUCCACACCCCCAUGUACUUCUUCUUGGGCAACCUCUCCUUCAUCGACAUCUGCCACUCCUCAGUCACUGUGCCCAAAAUGCUUCUUGACUUCCUUUUCCUCCAGAAGACCAUCUCCUUCCAUGGCUGUGUAGCCCAGCUCUUCUUCCUCCAUGUCUGCGCCUGCGCUGAGAUCUUCCUCCUCACCAUCAUGGCUUAUGACCGCUACAUUGCCAUCUGCUAUCCACUCCAGUACUUGUCUCUCAUGAACCUGAAGGUCUGCGCCUGGCUGGUGGGAGCCCUGUGGGUGGGAGCGACCAUCCACUCUCUGGUCCAGACAGUCCUCACCAUCCAACUCCCUUAUUGUGGGCCCAAUGUCAUAGACAGCUUUUUCUGUGACGUCCUUCCAGUGCUCAAACUGGCCUGCACUGAUACUUACUUCACUGGGGUUCUCGUUGUAUCCAACAGUGGUACUAUCUCCCUGGUUUGCUUCUUGGCCUUAGUGGCUUCCUACAUUGUCAUCCUGGCCUCACUGAGAAGACGGACAGCUGAGGGACGCCGCAAGGCCCUCUCCACCUGUGCAGCCCACCUCCUUGUUGUCACUUUGUUCCUGGGGCCUUGCCUCUUUCUCUACACCCGCCCAGCCACCAGCUCCUCGACCGACAAAGUGGUGGCCAUUUUCUACACGCUGGUGACCCCUGUUCUCAACCCAGUGAUCUACACCUUGAGGAAUGAAGAGGUGAAGGCCGCCAUUAAAAAACUGUGGCAACAGGUGCUUCAGACAGAGAACAGAGCACUGAUAUCCAUCACCCAGCGGAAGCAGGUCUUUUGCAAAACUCUUAAUUGA